AUGUCCCGGUUUCUAGAAGGACUUUGGGACAUCCUUGGGCAGGAAGAGGCUGGGUCAGUGGCAGCCCGGGCAGGUACCCUUCCGGUGGCAUUAGCCUCUCUUCUGGAUAAUUUUGACAGGCUUGAUGGCAUUGGAGGGUUGUUGCUUUCCCCAAACCCGUGGGAGCACCCUCCCGAGGCAUUCGUGACGGGUGGUAUGCGGGCGGUGAGACAGUACUUCGAAGCUAUCUACAAGGGCGGAACUACCGCAGUGACCCGACCGCUCAAGGUGGUCAUCCUUGGAAAGGAGACUGUGGGCAAGACAAGGCAAAUGACUUUCCGAGUGCCGGACGCAAACGUUGUACUUGUGGGGAACAAGUGGGACCUCGUGGCAGAGGCCAAACAACAUGUAGCGGUUGACGUAGAACGAGUGAGCCGCGAGUGGCUGACUGCCUGGAUAGAGAGUGCGCACGGGCAUCAACCCCCACAACUUUCGUUGGAAGCCGGCGUCAGUCUUAGUAAGCCGGGGCAACGGGGUCUUUUACGUCGCAUCAUAUACAACCCUGUCGAUGACACGAGGGCUGUUACGAUGCGUCUUCCGCCGGGCUAUGUGCUCGCCCUGAAGUUGCUUGGGGAGCUGUCAUGCAGCAGGUCCGAGGCCGGACAGCAAACCCGAGUCAUGACAAGAGCGAGUUUGGAGGAGGAGUGGAAAGUCAGGGUAGAUGCGCUGGACGCAGCUGGAACGAAGGUAGCAGCCUCAGAAGCGGCCAUGUCUGGUGCAAUCUUGAUCAGGAAGUGGGAGGGAGGACUGGUGGAGUAUGGCAACUACAUCUUCCUUGACGUGGGAUGGUUUGCAGAUGUUCUGGACCUGUUGUUCAGUCACAAGUUAGAUUCAAAUGGCAUCAUUCAUCUCGGUGGCAAAACGGUGACGGUGACGGACGAUGAUAGCUUGAAACGGCUGCACACAUAUCAUAUUUUCGAGCCGCGACUCGCUUUGAAUAGUGCUGGGCUAACGUUUCCAAUUCCGAACGACCCCUUUGAGGUCUUGGUGGUUGUCUUGCGCAUGGACACAAAUCCCCCACCUGACUAUGAUGUGAAGGUCGAGGAAGAACAAGCGAGGAAAUAUUACGACCUCAGGCUAGUUGUGCAAUGCUCGUUCAGGCUAGGGUUGCCCCCCGGCUUCGUUGAGCGUCUCCUUGCACGGUGCUGCCAAUUGGGCUUUCCGCACCCCUUCUGGCGAUACGGUGCUCUCGUAGUGGGUGACGGUGCGGAAGAAGGCAAGUUCUCACUGACUUUGGAGCACUCCGAGGAUGACAAGACCCUGAAAGUGGAGGUGAACGGACGAUGUGACGAGGUCCAUGCGUGGGCGACUCUGGCGAAAGUACUCUCCGUGACGAUCAAGAUGCUCUCGGAGUUCCCUGGUUUACCGUGCCAGCUGGAGUUUAUCUGCCCUCGGCACGAGGACAAGGGCAUGUGCGUCUUGAAGGCCAAUGCACGGCCUGGAUCCCGUCUGGUCGAGCAGGGCCACUUUUGUCCCCUCUGCCCGGACCGCACGGCGGGCAACGACCUUCUGGGAGUUGCUCUACAGGUGGUGGAGUACUCAGACACGGAGUUCUCUGAUGCACAGCUCCGUGAGCAGUUUGCCGAUAAUGCCAAGAGGGUGGCUCGUCAGGGUCGUGCGCUCUGGCCGGCACUGGUGUUGGAGGUUCAGGCACCCAACCACGGCAGUCCAGACCGCCAGACGCCAUUGUACCGGGACCUGAAGGCGUGGGUAGCCGCAGCCACUUUGGCCUGCUUCGCUAUCUUUGGGGUGUUCGCUGGGAAGGACGAUGGCGACUCUCGUAUUUGGGGGGUGUUUCUGGGCCUUGGCAUCUUUCUCUCGGGGGCGGAGUUUGUUUUAAUUGCCAAACACUACGAGAUCUUGUGCUUCAAACGAAAAGAGGGGGUGGGCGCUGGAAACGAACACGGGGGUGAGGAGCGCGCUGGAAUUAAACAAGGGGGUGAGGCCAGUGCGUAG